AUCAGAAACAACCUAGAGUGAUGACACUCACUGUGCGCAUGCUCAGUGGAGUUUCCCUCCAUUUAUGCCAUUAAGGGAGCAACAUUUGAAUUGAAUUGUUAUCUACAAAAGAUUGUUUUUGAGGUGAUAAGAAAGUUUGCAGUGGUCCAGUGGGUCAGUGGGGAGGAUGCUGGGAUGUAUAGCGAGGUGAAAACCGAUGCCAUACGCAAAUAUGAUGACACCAAGAUGGAUGAGGAUGGAUACCCACAAACUGACUAUUCAGUUGCUGUGGAAUGGCAGAAGGGGAAAAAUCCAAAAUAUGGCUGACCAGUGUACGCUGCCUCUAUCAAGUUUGUGAGCAAUAAUCGAUUUCAAACUAAUGCAAAGCUUAAGGAAUUCCUGCAGUUGGACUCUGAAGAAAUGGACAGGCCACUGCCUAAGAAAAGGGCCACAGUCCCACCAUCAAGAUAUACAGAUUCAGAUGAAACUGAUGCUGAGAACACAGUGACACAAAAGAAGAAGACAGUCGUUCCCAAACCACAGAGAAAUGUUGCCCAAACGGUUAUUAAUGAGUAUCAAGCCCCAACCUUGACAGAAACUCAGAAGAGGCUGAAAGAAAUGCAGGAAGAAAACCAAAAAUUGAGAAAUGACAAUGACAAAUUAAGAAAAAUGCUCAUCAGAGAGCUUCCAAAUCUGAUCACUGAAGUGAAGAUGGCCCUAAAGUCUCAGUGUUCAUCAACGUCGUCAGCCAGUUCUGACUUGGAAGGUGGAAAGGGUUUCCCACUGAGUGUUACAGAGCCCUCCCCACCAAAAGCAGUAUCCACAGAACAGGUGGAAAUUUCUCCUGGAUUGAAUGUAUUUGUUGACAGACUGGCUUGGGCUGUGGCUCAGAAUGCCAACUCUGCCUCCUGUUUUGUGAGAACACUCCUGACAGCUGUGUUUCCAAUUGAUGUCCUCCUUGUCAGCAAUCUUCGAGGAACAUCUAGGGAUUCUGGGCCUCAAUGCCAGGCUCUUGACAAAAUAAAAGUGGAUGCCAUCUACAGAGCAACAUUGCAAAAGUGGCCUCACGUGGUGCCCUCCAGCAUUGGUGUAGCCAUCAAUGCCAAACUUACUGAAAUUAGAGGAAAAAAGAAAACUAAAAAAGAUUCUGAAACCUUAAUGCUCUUUGAUGACUGAUGGCCAUGACUGUGUUUUGUUGUUAAAUGUUUGUUCUGUUUUUCCUGAGCAAAGAGUUCAUAAGUU